AUGAGUUUACCGCCGAACCUGAUUCUGAGCCCUGCGAAUCCUGAAUGGUUAAACAAAGGCGACAACGCUUGGCAACUCAUUUCAGGCACUCUAGUCGGAUUACAAAGCGUUCCGGGACUCGUCAUUCUAUACGGCAGCAUUGUUAAGAAGAAAUGGGCCGUCAAUUCAGCUUUCAUGGCCCUUUACGCAUUCGCCGCCGUCCUGGUUUGUUGGGUCGGAUGGGGCUACCAAUUGUCUUUCGGAGACAACUUCAUUCGGUUUCUGGGCAAACCCGAUACUGCAUUGAGUCAAAAGUUUCUACUCAGGCAAGCAUUUGCGGGCAGGUUUCCGAAUGCAACCAUGGUUUACUUUCAGUUCGUGUUUGCCGCAAUCACCCUGAUUUUGAUUUGCGGCGCGGUUCUCGGGAGGAUGAAUUUCUAUGCCUGGAUGUUGUUUGUGCCGCUGUGGCUCACUUUCUCUUAUACGGUUGCGGCUUAUAGUAUUUGGUGUCCUGACGGCUGGUUAUUCAGGCUUGGACUGAUUGAUUAUUCCGGCGGAUUCGUGAUUCAUCUUUCUUCGGGCGUUGCUGGCUUCACAGCGGCUUAUUGGGUCGGUCCAAGGGCUAGUAAGGAUCGGGAAAGAUUUCCGCCGAACAAUAUCUUGCUUAUGCUUGCCGGGGCAGGGUUGCUGUGGAUGGGCUGGACGGGAUUCAACGGUGGAGAUCCGUACGCCGCGAGCAUAGACGCGUCGUUGGCUGUCAUUAACACGCAUAUCUGCGCUGCCACAAGCUUGCUCACUUGGACAUUUUUGGAUAUUCUGUUCUUCGAGAAGCCAUCAGUUAUUGGUGCUACUCAGGGCAUGAUCACUGGCUUAGUCUGCAUCACCCCUGCUGCUGGAAUUGUACAAGGCUGGGCAGCUAUCAUUAUGGGAGUAAUGUCGGGAAGCAUUCCAUGGUUCACAAUGAUGGUUUUGCACAAGAAAAUCUGGCUGCUGAAACAGGUGGACGACACGUUAGCCGUGUUCCACACGCACGCCGUGGCAGGUAGCUUAGGCGGGAUUCUGGCCGGAGUUUUCGCGAAUCCUAAACUCAGCAGGCUGUUCUACAAUGUGGAUAGUUGGCCACGGUACAUUGGUCUGUUUUACGGCUUCCACGACCGGAAGUUCGAAGCAGGAUUCCGGCAACUGUCCGUCCAGUUGUUGGGCAUUGCAUUUGUUACCGUGUGGAAUCUUGUGAUGACAAGUCUAAUUUGCUUGCUGAUCGGAUUAGUCACACCUCUUAGGUUGCCUGAAAAGGAUUUGAAUGAGGGCGACGAAGCUGUUCAUGGUGAACAAGCCUAUGCUUUGUGGGGAAAUGGGGACAAAUGCUUGGAUUUUAAACUGGAGAAACAAUUCGAACUAAGUUCAAAUCCGAACAUUUUAGCAAUGUUUGGAAAAUCUACCACCUCUGAUCUCCCAGACUGGAUGAACAAAGGCGACAACGCAUGGCAGCUCACGGCGGCAACGCUAGUUGGGCUUCAAUGUGUACCGGGCCUAGUCAUUCUGUACGGAAGUAUUGUUAAGAAGAAAUGGGCCGUUAAUUCAGCUUUCAUGGCGCUAUACGCAUUUGCUGCGGUCAUGGUUUGUUGGGUAAUGUGGGCUUACAGAAUGUCGUUCGGCGAUAAAUUACUACCUUUCGUGGGUAUACCUAAUGUGUCGUUGGACCAAAAGUUUCUCCUUCAGAAGGCUUUCCUUGGGGCUUUCCCAAAUGCUACAAUGGUGUAUUUCCAAUUUGUUUUCGCGGCAAUAACGGUGAUCUUGAUCGCCGGAGCUUUGCUCGGAAGAAUGAACUUCCGGGCGUGGAUGAUAUUUGUCCCGCUUUGGCUAACUUUCUCUUACACCAUUACCGCGUUUAGCAUUUGGUGCCCUGAUGGUUGGUUGUCAACCAUGGGGAUCAUCGAUUUCGCCGGCGGCUAUGUCAUUCAUGUUGCUUCAGGAGUUGCUGGUUUCACGGCUGCUUUCUGGGUUGGGCCUAGGUCCGUAAGAGAUAGAGAGACGUUUUUCCCAAACAACAUGUUGUCCAUGCUUACUGGGGUGGGCCUUCUUUGGUUGGGAUGGACUGGAUUUAAUGGCGGUGGCCCGUUUGCUGUUAGCACUGAUGCAUCAUUGGCAAUCCUGAAUACGCACGUUUGUACCGCCACUAGUUUGCUGACUUGGAUCAGUUUGGAUAUGAUAGUCUUCAAGAAACCAUCAGUUCUGGGAGCUACUCAAGGCAUCAUCACUGGCUUAGUUUGCAUUACCCCUGCCGCUGGGGUGGUGCAAGGUUGGGCAGCCAUCAUAAUGGGUCUACUCUCGGGAAGCAUUCCAUGGUUCACCAUGAUGAUCCUCCAAAAGAAAAUUUCAGUACUUAGGAAAGUCGACGACACGUUGGGUGUACUCCACACCCACUGUGUCGCCGGCUGCCUAGGCGGAAUCCUCACCGGGAUCUUUGCCGAGCCAAAACUGAACCGCAUUUUCUACCUGGUUGACAACUGGGAGCACUACACCGGCCUGGCCUACGCCGUACACGAUGGCCGCGCCAAAGCCGGGCUCCGGCAAGUGGGAAUCCAGCUGCUGGGGAUCGUGUUUGUGGUCAUCCUCAACGUUGUGAUUACGACUUUGAUAUUUUUGGUUAUUAAAGCGGUGGUUCCGCUUAGGUUGACGGAAGAAGCGCUGAACAUGGGAGAUGAGUCGGUUCAUGGAGAAGAAGCGUAUGCGCUUUAUGGUGAUGGGGAAAAGAAUGAGAACUACAAGCAAACUGCGGCGUAUGGGUUUGCCUAA